AUGGACUCGGUCAACGAUUGGGAACCCCCCGCUGGGUUCAUCGAAAAGUCCAAGGCUCGACUCUCAGCCAGAUUUGAAGAAGAAUUCAAACAGGGCCUGGCCGAUCGCCAGGACCUACGCCCUGCCCGCGAAGCCCACUUCAACCUCGUCCGCAACCUUGGCAAAGGCGAUCAGUCCCUCAAAGCCCUCGUGAAAAACUUGAGUGACAAGUCGACCCACUGCAAGAAGAACCCACCCGGAAAGCCGCCGGCCCUAGCGGCUGAAGCCGAUAUUGACCAGGCGGACGCCGUCCAGUUGGCUCCGCACUUGACUGCUGGUCCGCCCUUCAGUUACGACUGGACCUGGAAGAAGGUCACUGACGAGGCAACUGCCAGCGUCUCCGCCGACAGACUCACCGGCAAUAUGUCCUUCGAGUGCUGGUCGGCCGACGGCGGCACCGCGGCGGCCCGCGCCGCGGUAGGCAAUUUCUUCCGCCCGUCAAGCACGACGACCAGGAUGAGCGUAUACGCUAAUCCCUCCACGACGUACAAUUACUGGUCAAUUAAUUUCCUCGCCGGCUCGCACUCGUAUGCCUUUGUAGGUCUCUACAUUGGCGAGUACAGGCUCGAUGGCUCGCUGGUCCGUGUCGUGCUUGACCAGAAGCGGCAGCAGUGGUACACCGACGGCGGCGAGUCCUCGGGGACUAACUCUGGGCUGGGGGUCUCCGCAACUAAUAUACCCGUCAACAGUAACAACUUCUACGAGGUUUGGGUUUGGACUGGCGGAGAUGUAGAAGGGGAUGGUUGGAGCACAUUCUGGGGUAGUGGCGCGGGCUCUUAG